UCCAUGGUAGCCAUGGAAACCUUUCAAAACAACAACAUUCGUUUUCCAGUGUAGAAAACUAAUGAUAUCUACGGGUUUCCAAAUACUUUAUCAACGUAAGUUUUAAUAUACGAAGAGAAACACGAUGGACGAGAGGCCUUCAUCAAACCUAAGCUUGAGAGCAUCUGAAAUCGUGAAAAAUGUACUGGAGAACGCACGCGGUGCCCUCGGCCACCAGCAAGUGGUGGAAGACUCCACCGAAUACGAGUUUAGAAACAUAGAAUGGAUAACUUGCAAGGACUUUACAAUUGAACUGGGGAAAGUGCAAAUCGAGGAGUACAUCCACACAUGGGAGGUGCACACCAGCUGGCUUUUUAGCCUAGUAUUCCUCGAGGAGACGGAUCAUGAAUUUCACAAACAGUACCACUACCGGGCACAAUGGAGCAUCCCCACCCGACGCACUCCGAUCCCCAAGGCGACUGCCAGUGUCUACUUUGUCAUUGUGAUUUCCAAGAUCAAACCUCAGACUUUGCCCGUGGAGGUGCACUUUCUAGUGGAGUCGAAGAGGCUGACACACAGGCCAGGGGAAACGAGGUUCAGGGAGAAGUGGCUGAAAGACGUCAUCGAGAGCAAAACGUUGCUCCAGAAUACUGUCGACUUUUAGCAAAGUAAACAUUGGAAUGGACAGCUAACGUUUCUGUGGCGAAUAUUCAAUUCAAUUCAAUUCAAUUCAAGGACUUUAUUGGCAUGGGAAACAUGUGUUAACAUUGCCAAAGCAAGUGAGGUAGACAUCAUACAAAGUGAAUAUAUAAAGUAUUCAUCUCUAUAUAUUCAAUCUCGUAUGAGACACCUAACGUUACCUAGCGAGCACAUUUCCAGGCCAAAGAGGAACACACGAGUCAUUUACAUGGGCUUGUAUCAAUAAAGGGACCACUGCCUUCACUGUGAAGAGAUGGGGGGAAAAAAACAUAGCUGCAUAUCAGCGAAGCUAUGUGUUUUACAACAACUCGGUCGUUUUUUUUUGCUAACUAGCGAUACAACACAGCAGCUAGUACCUAACGUUCAUUUAUUUUAUGCUGGGUUAGCUAACUGGCAAAGCAGAAUCAGCUCGCUAAUCAUCAUUGAGUUUACGACAGCCCAUUUCAAAAGGUGUUUUGUAGAUUAUGAUAAACACCUAGACAAAUGUAACAUUUCACCCAAAGAAAUUACCUGAAUAGUCAGCGUUUUAUUGACAGAUCUGCUCGCUAAGGAAAACAGGAAAUGUGUAAAUAUACAAUAGAUCACGUUACGGUGCUCUGCUUCUCGAUUGGCUGUUUCAUUGGCACGUCAAGCGCUAACCACCAACCACGAGAGGGCAUGCAUUGACUGCUCUGUAACA